AUGCCUCCUCCGUCUCAACAACGCUCCUCGUCCCAACCACAGCAGCCUACAAUCCCGACUUCGAUCCCCGACAACAGACUUGGACUUGAUCCGGACGAUGUUCAAACGCUACGGCGACUGCAGCAGGCUGCUCAUGCGCAGGCCCGUAGUCCGGCUGGCUCGCAGGCCAGUAGUCAGGGUCGAUUGUUGCUCGAUCCUGGGAGUCUGCAGUUGCUGUCACGACACUUCGACCUGGUCAUGCAGGCGAUUGCGCAGCGGUUGGAUCAGCUCAACCAGCAAACCGAGAUCGCAACCCAAGCGCAGACCGACCGAGCAGGCAACGCACUGAGAGUAGCAGACGCCGAAAUCGCACGUUUCCGGUUGAUGAUGCAGCAGAUCGAUCAGCUGGAGAUGGAGUUUGAGAAGAUCCAGAGGAUCCGUGAUAUCGUGCGAACUUGGAGGGCAAGAGUAGAAGAUAUGGAAAGGAGAUUGGGAUAA